AUGAAGGUCACUUUAAAGGAAUGGAACGCCGUUGCUACCUGGCGCUGGGACAUGCCCGAGGACGAGGUGUGUGGUAUCUGCCGCGUCCAGUUCGACGGGACCUGUCCGACCUGCAAAUUCCCCGGCGAUGACUGCGCCCUCCGUGAGUUGCAACGUGCCCACUACCGCCCCCGCCUGCUAUACUAA